GCGCACGUAGUUGCAGCACAAAAUCUUUGAAGAGAGGAGGGGAAAAAAUAAAUGGGAGGAGGUUUUGAAGGAGCUGAGCCAACUCGCCGGGACUUUACUGAGUCGACUAACCGGUCCAAAUAUCCUCACCCAAAUACAAAAUGCAUACAAAAAUUCACACACAGCGUGAAAAAAAUGGAGAAGAAAUUUGGAGCCUCCUUUACUACUAUAGUUACCCAUAUCAACACCACCACCACCACUUUCUCUCUCCCUCUAGCCCUAACCCAAAUAUCCAUAGUCCAAACGAGGCUAAUUAUAUGCUUCUUCAUCUCUCUAGAAUACAUACGCCUGAGUGUAUCUCUUUUUUCAUCGAUCCCUUUUCGAUUGCCCUCCAUUCAUAACUCCUAUUCUCUCAUACCACCGUUUAUUUCUAUCUGUUUCAGGGAAAGAUCUGUUGGUGGGUUCUGGUUGGAUUUGGGGUUUUUGUGUGAGAUUGCUGAUAAAUUGGCCGAGGACAUAGUUUCAUGCCUUAACCAACCCUAAUUUAAUUUGUACGUGUGAAACUCUACAAGUUUUUGUUGAAAAAUGGAGCAGUCCCAGGUUCCUCAAUUGGAGGCUGGAGUAUCUAUUAAAAGAAAGAGGAGUCAAACAUCACGCCGGCCUAGACCCGAGGCUCAGCCAUCAACUCCAAUUUCGGAUGACUUGAGUAAGGUCUCAAGUGACGAGUAUGAUGGUGAUGGUAACUCGGGUGGCAAAAUGUUUAAUCUGAGUCAGUGUGUAUCGAGGUCUUUGCCAGCUAUUGGGCCGGAUAGUGGACCAAAUGCUGCUAUUCUUGGUAAUGGUAUUACAUGUGACGGAUCAGAAAGUCAGAAUAAACUGAAAAAAGUUAAAUUGAAGGUUGGUGGUGUAACUCGCACGAUACAAGCCAAAUCCAACGCUAAUGGGGCAUCGGGCAGUGUGUCCUCGGAAAGUCCUGAUUACUACCAGUCUCCAACGUCUGAUAAGAAAAGAGGGCUGCAAGGUAUCCCGUGGAAGGAUUUCUCGAAAGGUAAUUUCAAUAUUGGGAAUGCCAUUGAGAAACAAGGAUAUAAGUUGGAUUCAGUUCGUAAGAGCAAAAGGGUUCCCAAAAGGCGAGUUCUUGAUGCGGAUUUUGACGAUGAUGAUGAUGAGGAUGACGAGAUCCGGUACCUGGAGAAACUUAAGUCCUCAAAGAUGCACAAGGGGGGUAAAUACGACAAUUUGGAAGAUUUCGGGAGGCUCGGCAAGAAACCCAGAUCUGGAGACAUUGAGUAUGAGGAGGAAGAAGAUGAACCAUCCUCUGAUGGUGAAGGAAUGAGAAAGAAAAAACUGAAAAAAGAUCUUUCGGAGUUCGACACGGAAAACAAGAGAGAAAUUGCUCUUACAACUCGUCAAAGAGCCCUUUUAACCAAAGAUGCCUCUGCAUCUGGUCAAAUUGAGUUUCCAAAUGGCUUACCACCAGCUGCACCCCGAAGUUAGUAGGAAAACACUUU